AUGACGGAGCUAGCGAAUUACAAAAGACUAGAGAAAGUUGGAGAAGGUACCUACGGUGUUGUAUACAAGGCGUUGGACCUGAGACACGGUCAAAGAGUAGUUGCGCUAAAGAAGAUCAGGCUCGAGAGCGAAGAUGAAGGAGUUCCAAGUACUGCCAUUCGGGAGAUCUCGCUUCUCAAGGAACUAAAGGAUGAUAACAUCGUUCGUCUUUACGACAUUGUGCAUUCGGACGCCCACAAGCUUUACCUGGUGUUCGAGUUUCUAGACCUGGAUCUGAAAAGAUACAUGGAAUCCAUACCAAAGGAACAGCCCCUGGGAGAUAACAUCAUCAAGAAAUUCAUGAUGCAGCUGUGCAAGGGAAUAGCUUACUGCCAUUCACACCGUAUUUUGCAUCGCGAUCUUAAACCUCAGAACCUGCUGAUCAAUCGCGAUGGCAACAUGAAGCUUGCCGAUUUUGGUCUCGCGCGCGCCUUUGGUGUCCCAUUGCGUGCUUACACGCACGAAAUUGUCACCCUAUGGUAUCGGGCCCCAGAAGUGCUGCUGGGUGGUAAACAAUACUCUACAGGGGUGGACAUUUGGUCCAUCGGAUGCAUCUUCGCCGAGAUGUGCAAUAGAAAGCCUAUCUUCAGUGGUGAUAGCGAGAUUGACCAAAUUUUUAAAAUAUUCCGCAUCCUCGGCACACCUAGCGAAACCAUCUGGCCGGAUAUCGUGUAUCUACCCGAUUUCAAGCCCAAAUUUCCUAAAUGGCAACCGAAAGACCUAACUCAAGUGGUGCCAUCUCUCGACGAGCAAGGUAUCGACCUCUUACGGAAGCUCUUGACCUACGAUCCUAUAAACCGAUUGAGUGCCAAGAGGGCCGUCAUGCAUCCGUAUUUUCAAGGGCACACCGGGGAAUAA